AUGAAUAGCAGACAAAAUGCAUUUUUUUGCGAUAAAAAGACAAAUGGGAGUUUUGAACAUCCAUUUUUACAGGCAACUGGCAUGUUUCUUGGCGAAUUUUUAUGUUUAUUAGUAUUUAAAUUAAUAUGGUAUUCGACAGCAAGACAUCGUAUUGAUCAAUUAAAACUAUAUGAAACUGAUGUUUCUUCAGUGGCAAUUAAAUAUUGGCCAAUUAAUGUUAAACGUGAAACAAAAUUAGUUGAAGGAGAUCAAAAAUUUAAUCCACUUAUUUUCUGGGUGGCAUCGAUAUUUGACAUGUUAUCAACGUGUUUAGGUUAUAUAGCGUUGAAUUAUACAACAGCCAGUAGUUUUCAAAUGUUAAGAGGUUCUGUAAUGAUCUUUACAGCAUUGCUCAGCGUCGCUUUUCUUGGAAAGAAGUUAACGUUAUAUCACUGGUUGGGAAUACUAACGGUAGUUAUCGGUUUAUCAGUUGUAGGUAUAUCAGAUAUUCUCUUUGAUAAAUCCGAUACAACUCAUUCUAACUCAGAUAAAAUAGCAGGUGAUAUGUUGAUUUUAAUGGGACAAAUUUUUACUGCUUUUCAAGUAGUUUAUGAAGAACGAUUCAUUGCAAAAUACAAUAUACCACCACUUCAAGCCGUCGGCUGGGAAGGUAUAUUUGGAUUUGGAACAUUGGGAUUAUUGUUAAUUCCAUUUUAUUUCAUCAAAAUCAGUACGAGUAAUACAGGACCGGCACAUCGAUUAGAAGAUGUUGCAGAAGCAUUUUGUCAGAUGAAAAAUAAUGGAAUUAUCAUUUUAGCAACCGUUGGAAAUAUAUUUAGUAUCGCAUUUUUUAAUUUUGCUGGUAUAAGUGUGACAAAAGAAUUAUCAUCCACAACAAGAAUGGUUCUCGACAGCGGUCGUACGUUAAUUAUCUGGCUGGUUACAUUAGCAUUAAGAUGGCAAAAUUUUUAUCCAUUACAAAUAGUUGGUUUUGUACUGUUAAUUAUUGGUAUGGGUAUUUAUAAUGGUGUAUGGGCUCAUUUAAUAAGAGAAUUCAUUAGUCGUCGACCUAUACCAAGCGAAAGAUCACCGUUAUUAACUAAUGAUUUUGGAGUAGCAACGCCAGCUGCUGCGACAAAUUAUACUGCCGAACCUGUGAAUACAUAA